GUUGCUCCGGGAAAUCAGGGCCCUAGGCAUCUCCACUUAUCCCAGUGUCUGAGUGAUACUGGGAGAUAGAUCAGCGACAUCGUGAAUCCGAGCUGGGGCAAGUUUGCUGGGAGACGAGAGAGCGAUGAAGGCAGGAGAGAGAAAGAAAUGCUUUCUGAAACAAAGGCAAGUCUUGAUAUUCUUUGUUUUGCUGGGCAUAGCUCAGGCUGGUUCUGAGCCUAGGCAUUAUUCAGUGGCUGAGGAAAUGGACAGUGGCUCCUUUGUGGCCAAUCUGUUGAAAGACUUGGGGCUGGAGGUAGACGAUCUAGCUGCUCGGACCCCCCGGGUCGUUUCCAAAGGGAAAAAAAUGCCUUUGCAUUUUGAUAGGCAGACCGGGGAUUUGUUGUUAAAUGAGAAACUGGACCGGGAGGAGCUAUGUGGCCCUACUGAGCCCUGUGUACUACCUUUCCAGAUGUUACUGGAAAAUCCCUUGAAGUUUUUCCAGGCUGAGCUACGGAUUAGGGACAUAAAUGAUCAUUCUCCAGUUUUCCUAGACAAAGAAAUAAUAUUGAAAAUUUCAGAAAGUAUCACUCCUGGAACUACUUUCCUAAUAGAGCGUGCCCAGGACUUAGAUGUAGGAAGGAACAGUCUCCAAAGUUACGCAGUCAGCCCCAAUUCCCACUUCCAUCUUAAAUUACAAGACAGUUCCGACGGCACAAUAUUACCACAGCUGGUGCUGGACAAAGCACUGGAUCGAGAGGAACAGCCUGAGAUCAGAUUAACCCUCACAGCGCUGGAUGGCGGGAUUCCACCCAGGUCUGGGACCGCCCUAAUCCGCAUUGAAGUCUUAGACAUCAAUGAUAAUGCCCCCGAGUUUGCAAAGCUGCACUAUGAGGUGCAUGUCCUAGAAAACAGCCCCAUUGGAUCCCAGGUUGCCAUUGUCUCUGCCAGAGAUUUAGAUAUUGGAACCUAUGGAGAAAUAUCUUAUGUACUUUCCCAAGCAUCUGAGGAUAUUCGGAAAACAUUUGGAAUAAAUGCAAAAUCAGGAGAACUCCUUUUAACACAGGAACUGGAUUUUGAAUCUAUUCAGACUUAUACAUUAAAUAUUCAGGCGACAGAUGGUGGGGGCCUUUCUGGCAGUUGUGUGGUGUUUGUCCAAGUGAUGGAUUUGAAUGACAACCCGCCGGAACUGACCAUGUCAACGCUUAUCAGUGAGAUCCCAGAAAACUUGCAGGAGACCGUAAUUGCUGUAUUCAGCGUUUCAGAUCCUGACUCAGGAGACAACGGAAGGAUGGUUUGCUCCAUCCAAGAUGAUCUUCCUUUCAUUCUUAAACCCUCUGUUGAGAAUUUUUACACUUUAGUCACAAACACAGCCCUGGACCGAGAAACAAGAUCCGAAUAUAACAUCAGCAUCACCGUCACAGAUAUGGGGACACCGAGACUGAAAACCCAGCACAACAUAACCGUGCUGGUGUCCGACGUCAACGACAACGCCCCCGCCUUCACCCAGACCUCCUACACCCUGUCCGUCCGCGAGAACAACAGCCCCGCCCUGCACAUCGGCACCGUCCGCGCCACAGACAGAGACGCGGGCGCCAACGCCCAGGUCACCUACUCGCUGCUGCCGCCCCUCGACCCGCACGUGCCCCUGGCCUCCCUGGUGUCCAUCAACCCGGACAACGGCCACCUGUUCGCCCUGAGGUCCCUGGACUACGAGGCCCUGCGGGCGUUCGAGUUCCGCGUGGGCGCCGCCGACCGCGGCUCGCCCGCGCUCAGCAGCCAGGCGCUGGUGCGCGUGCUCGUGGCGGACGACAACGACAACGCGCCCUUCGUGCUGUACCCGCUGCAGAACGCCUCGGCGCCCUGCACCGAGCUGGUGCCCAGGGCGGCCGAGGCAGGCUACCUGGUGACCAAGGUGGUGGCGGUGGACGGCGACUCGGGCCAGAACGCCUGGCUGUCGUACCAGCUGCUCAAGGCCACGGAGCCCGGGCUGUUCGGCGUGUGGGCGCACAACGGCGAGGUGCGCACGGCCCGGCUGCUGAGCGAGCGCGACGCGGCCAAGCACAGGCUGCUGGUGCUGGUCAAGGACAACGGCGAGCCGCCGCUGUCGGCCAGCGUCACGCUGCACGUGCUGCUGGUGGACGGCUUCUCGCAGCCCUACCUGCCGGCCCCGGAAGCGGAAGCGGCGGCCGCGGCGCCGGCCGCCCCGCUCACCGUCUACCUGGUGGUCGCCUUGGCGUCGGUGUCGUCGCUCUUCCUCUUCUCGGUGCUGGUGUUCGUCGCGGUGCGGCUGUGCAGGCGGGGCGGGGCGGCCUCGGUGGGUCGCUGCUCGGUGCCCGAGGGCCCCUUUCCGGGCCACCUGGUGGACGUCAGCGGCACGGGGACCCUGUCCCAGAGCUACCAGUACGAGGUGUGUCUGACGGGAGGCUCCGGAACUUCCAAGUUCCUCAAGCCGAUUAUCCCAAACUUCCUUACUCAGGAUGAGGAGAGGGUUAGUGAGGCAAACCCCAGUUUCAGGAAUAGUUUUGAAUUCAGUUAAGUUUGAAUAAGGGUCUAUGAUGCCUAGUCUCAGUUAAAUUGUGUAAAGUCCUUUUUUACUGCCUUGCCCAUUGGAGUUUUCUUUCUAUUUGAAAUGUAACCAUCUUAUUCCAAUUCAGUUCAUGUUACUGGUGUUUCUAGAUGUGCUGCUCUGUGGUAUAAUGAAUGCAAAUUUUCUUUCUUUUCUUACUGUUAAUAUCACUGUAACUUAAUUCGAUUUAAUGUGUGAAAGUAUAUUUUGUAUUUUCUGAAGUCGUUAAUUUUUAGAGCACUUUUUUUCAAAAUUCACCUUCCACAGUCCCUAGGUAAUUUUUGCAGUCCUACAUUUUUGAAGGUUUGCAAUAAGUACAUAGGGUUAUUCUUUUUUCCUACCCAGAAUAUUUGUGUUUGUAUAGAGUAUUCUCUUAGGCUAGUUUAACUUUCUUCUUGUGAACUCACAUUGGCUAAAACCAUUA